AUGACUCGGGAGGCAGAACACACACGGGACAACGACGUCCGUGCCCUCCUUCGAGCGGAGUUCCCGGGAAAUACGGCCCCAAGAACACGUAAACAUCGACCCAAGUUUUUAUCUUCAAACACAUUCGCCUCCUUUGACAAAUCAACAACGAGACAACAAAACAUCAACAGCAGCAACAACACCAGCAUGCAAUAUACUUCAUCGGCCACUCCAUGUGAAGGACGCCACCCCCUCCUCAACAUCGAGGCCGUCCGAGGAUUGCCCACAGCGCAUACGGCUGCCAGAGACUUCCUGGAGCGUGCGCUACGU